UACGUAAACGUUUACAAUCCCUUAUAAAAGCAACUCAUCACUGUUGCUGUACAUCAGUUUGUCAUAAAUCGUUCUAACAAAAUGAAAUUGAGUUUCUUUAUUUUUCUAAUAAUAAGCGCACUCUUCGGCGCCAUAAUGGCUGUUCCAGGAGCACCAAGUGGCUCACCACCUAAUGGUCCUCCACCAAAUGGUCCGCCACCAUCCGGCACAGGACGCGGACCGCCAUCAACCAAUAACACGAGCUCGGGUUAGUUGAACUGCCUUCUACAUACGAACAAAGCUUUGAACAACGGAUUACCCUCUAUGAAUCAAAUUUGAUGUUAACUCUACAGAUCUACAAUUUUUGAAAUAUUAUAUUAAUUCGUUUGUGUUUUUCUAUCAAAUUUCAAAUUAAAAUGUAUUCAAAAUUUACAAAAAAUUUUAUAUAUAAAAGAAAAUUCAAUUUUACCGACAGAAAGGUGUUCGGUAAAAACACUUAUAA